GAACGCGGGCGUGGAGGAGGCCGAGGCGCAUGUUCGGCGAUCUUUGAAGUCGUUGAACGCCAGGGCCAAAGCAGCUGCCGAAAGCAGAACCAUUAGCCAGCAGCUGACCCACGAGCGAGAGUGGUCAUUCUCGUCAAUGGGGUUGCUGCUCGUACUGGGACGUUUCAGCGGGUCUUCUUCGAAGAAGGUCGCAGCCCGGAGCCUCAGAGACAAUGCCUCCAAGAUGCUGCGGGUCUUCUGCCAGAAGAUAUUUGCAGGCCCACCGGUCAUGAUGACUUCCCUAGGCGGCGUGCCACUCGAGAUCAAGAGUGGGGUCUUACAGCUGGGCCCUCUGAAAGGCGUCGGCGGCACGUUCACGGCCUUGUGGAGGUCUCCGAAAUGGCGAGCGGAGGCGGUUCCCGUGCAUGAAGCCAUCACGACGUUAAGUUACAGUUUGACACGUGCGGGGAGGGCGAGCGCUGCCGUCCAGGAGGAGUCUCGUCGCCUGCUUCGGGCCCUUUGUUACGCAGCAUCUCUGAUCUUCGACGUGCUUGUCCAACCAGGGAAUGGCGAGAACCACGCAUCGCUGCACGUGCUGAGGUUGAAGACGACCCGGUGUCGUCGAAUUUCAAUGGGCAUCAAGAUGGACAUGCGGCACUCCGCCAGAAGCAUCCCGUCCGUGCGCAGUGCAGGGCAAAUUGCCGCAGUAGAGGCUGGCUUGAAACGGAAGCGCGGCGAGGGCCCCGACUGCCCCAGCAUCCGCGCAACGAAGCGGUUCACGAAGGAUGAGAUGUUCCAGUACUCCCUGACGUCCAUCCAAUCCUUCAGCAAGGUCGGCCACGUGUCGGUGAGCCUCGACGGGGUCAGGGUUGACAACGACGAUCUGGUGUCCUUCGCAUUCUGCGACACGAAGCACGGCGUGGAAUACACCGCCGACGAGGCGGAGGGUUGGCAGACGCAGAUCAGCCGCUUCUUCAGGCCAUGCCCGAAGUCGGCCGCAGAGAAACGGAGGCAGGCCAAGUCGCAGCAUGAGACGGUGCCGAGGUUGGCAACGCUUGAUUGGCUUCGCAUCUGCGAAAAUACCAUGCGGAACGGCAUCGGCAAAAGCUUCAAGGAUUUCGACGUGUCCGAGUUGCUCCAGGCGUCCACCACCACCGGCUUGCAGGUACGUUUCCCAGACAGCCCCUUGAUCGCCCCAGGCAACACGAUCCCAAACACCCUCACCAUGUGCAGCGACAGGCAGUCUACGCAGGUUUGCGGGUCGAACUUCUUGAUGUUCAAGCUGGGGGUCAACAUGGUUUUCGUGUGCGACCCGGCGCACGCAGGGUGGAGGGCGAUCUUGGACGGCCUCACUCGCUCUGGCUUUAUGGCGGCGGUGCGGGUAUCCCAGCUCAUCUACAACAUCGCGUACGGGCCGUUCCAGCGUUCGGCGUUCUACAAGCACCUCCAGGAUGCGGUCACCGACAUCUCCACGAGCAUGCACUGCAACGACUCCCUCUUGUUGUUUUUCUGGCAGGACAUCUUGAAGGACCUGGGCUGGACAGACAUGCGCUACUUAGGUCAGGAUGGGCGCACCGCCUUCCUGGCGCUUCUCCCGACCAUGAACGUCGGCACCCUCAAAGGGCCCAAAUGCUCGACUGGUCGCUUUUACAGCUUUUGCAAUGCCCACAGGGAGUGGGACAAUACUCAUCACAUCAAGCUUUUCGUGAUCACGUGGGUUGCGAUCCGCCAUGGCUGGGCCAAAGGGGUCCACGAUAUCUUCUGCUCCCCGCGCCGUGGGAAAGAGGAAGCCGCGCUGGUGGCCGAGGGGCUGGGGGCAGAGUCAGGCCCUUCGAAUGCAGGCGCAGUUCAGUCGUCCAGCAAGGCGCCCAAAGCAGGGAGAUUGACCAGUGCGGCUUCGGGGUCAGCGGGCGCCUCUUCGGCUUCGGGGUCAGCGGGCGCCUCCUCGGCUUCAAGUGCGCCCUCGACGAGCCCGGCGGCGGCUGCGGGAGUGGGCGGCGUGAGCGCUGUCGUCGAUUUAGCCAGCGAGGGAGCGGCCCCCCCGAUGACCAACACGAAGGCCAAGGAGGCUGGCGACAAAGCCACGGCUGCGGAGCGAGAGCGUUCAGCGAACACGCUUCACGCCGUGGGUCGGAUGCUCGCCAACACGGACUUGACAAUGCAGCUGCGCAUGGUGUUCGCGGCGACGAACCCCCUGGCGAUCGAGUACGGGGAGGCGUACCGGGAGAUGAGGGCCGUCGAGGAACAGGUAAAAUGGUUCGCUGACUGGGCGCACUGGUACAUCCAGGGUGUGUCAACUCG